CAGUCAUUGUGCGGGAGGUGUCCGCUCAGUGUGUGCUGCUGUUGUGUGUGUUUCCUUCUUGCUGUGUGUGUGUGUGUGCUCGGUGCUGUGUUUUGCAUGUGAGCGUGUCUUUCAUGCACACAGCACGUACGACAGGAACGUCUCCUGCGAUCCAUUUCCCACACUGACCACACACACACACACACUCCACCAAAACGGCUCCAAAGGACACACACAGACACCUUCCUUCAGUGCUUCCAUUCCACACUCCACCCGACAACUCUGAUCAUGAUGCGCUCACGCACGUCCAAGGCUUUUGUGUUUGGGCUUGCCCUUGUGUGCUUGGGAGGUGCCGUCCUUGUCGCUGCCAACACGGACAAGUGCCCGUCCAUGUGCACGCCAGACAUUGACAAGAACCACACCGUCAUUGCGGCUGUUCCUGGACUUCGUGGCCAGGCAGGCAUCGAGCCCAACUAUGGCAACUGCCCAACGGGCAACCACCCGUACCGCUGGACUGUGUACUGGGGCGAUGGCGUCGAGAUGUCCAAGAACGAGACCGCGCUCAUGCCGUACAACGCCAUCUACUCCUACAAGCAGGCCGGCACGUACAACGUGACCAUCGCCUAUUGCAACUACCCUGCCCCAUGCUGCAUGUCCUGCUCCUACUACACCAAGUCCAUCAACGUCACCGACUAAGCUGCAACGGCGCCACGGUGCAAGCUGUGCAACACCCAACCAAUGGUGGUGGCCUGAUGUCAAAGCUGCAGCUCCGUUGUGAUGUGUUGCGUGUCUGAGUGAAAGUCAACCACAACCGCAACUCAUGUUACCCGUUUCCCUCAACCGCAAUUCGUGUUACUCGUUCCACUCACUCACCUCAACCUCUGCGCUUCGUUCAUCGUUCACUUUCGCCACGGCUGAAAAGUUGAAUGUUCACGUUCUUUACUCUUCUCUCCAACGCUUCUUCCUUCGUUACGUUGGCGUCUUGCUCUCUUGACGCAGUCAAGCCUGAAACGGCGGCACCACAAGACAAUACACAACUCAAUACACAAGCCCAACGC